AUGAGAUAUGCAGGCCGUGGGAGUUACUUAAAUUCCUUUAUGAGAAUAAAUAAAGCUAUGAAUAAGAUUUCUUUUAAAAAAAAUAAAUAUUCCUCAUUAAAUAUAUUUGAAAGAAAUGAGAUAAAAAAAUUCCAAAUGAAUAUAAUAGAUAGAAAAUAUGUCCAUAGCAUACAAGAAGAAAAGAAAACAGAUGAAUCACAAGAUUAUUAUAUAUCUAUGGGCGAUAAUAUAGAAAAACGUUAUAGUUUAGCUUUAUAUAAUGUAGCUAAAAAACAAAAUAAGAUAAAUGAAGUAUCAAACGAUUUAUUAUUUAUAAAAAAUAAUUUAUUGAAAGAUACAACAUUUCUUAAUUUUUUACAUACACCAAAUAUUGAAAAAAAACAAAAAAUCGAUUUUAUUAAGAAUGAAUGUAAAACCUUAAAUAAAUUUAAUACAAUAACAGAAAAUUUUAUGGAAUCAUUAUUUGAUUCAAAGAGAAUAUCCUUUUUGUCAAAAAUUAUAGAAGAAUUUGAAUUUCUAUUAUUAAAAGAUAGAAAAGAAAUAAAAUGUGUUGUUUAUACAGCAAAUGAAAUUGAUAAUAAUUAUAAACAAAAAAUUCAAGAUUCUAUUGUGUUUAAAUUAAAUAAACAAUUAAAUCCAUUGAUAGAAUAUAAAAUUGAUCCUUAUAUAUUAGGAGGACUCAUCUUACAAAUUGGAAAUCAAAUUUAUGAUUUCUCAGCAAAAUCAAAAAUUGAUAAAAUUAAAAGAAACUUUACUCAAUAA